AACAUGGGCCUACAAAAUCCUACGCCACAAUUAAUGAUGUUAUAGACUAUGAUAAAAGCAAAGUGUCAUGAAACGACAUAUUAAAUGUUGUGCGAAAGAAGAACAGGAUCGACUUUCAACAGCACAUUUAUUGGAGGUCGGCGAUGACUGUGUUGAUUACUAUGAUCAAACAGAGAGCAAUGACGGAGUCGGUGCCUGGUCGCAAGAUGCAUGUAGUUACAGGAUUGAUAUUUGCACCAAGGGCAAACUGUCCGGAAAAAUAAUUUCAUAUCAGAGAAGAGAGUGUGCAGAGAAUACAUGUGAUGUCAUAUCGCAAUCUCAGCAUUACAACGACCCUGAGCGGUUCAUUGAACAAUACAGAAGUGACAGAUUGCGCCGUUUCCCCUGUCACACACAUAUCCCUACACAUCCGGGGACAUGGGUGGUGCUGAAAAGCUGCGAGGAAGAGCCCUUCGAUGUUACCAUGCCACCAAUCAGAGGUAAAAACAACAGCGCUACUGGAGACUACUUGGAGCAACAAUAUGCACUUAUAUCUGAAAAAAGAGACACGUUUUCCAAACACAAACAGACGGAUGAAUGUAAAAAGUUAUCUUCUGCAUGUGUUCAAGAUGAUGAAAUGCUCUGUUUUACCUGCCACGCUAUGCUAAGGUCAUUUCAAAAUUGUGGAGACAAGGAGCUGUCCUACUCUGAGCCAAAUGGCACAGUCUACUCACCUAUCAACAACAUGGGCAUCAAGCUGCUGACAGUGCAACAAACACACACCUCGUUGGACGCCUUGCGGAGGAACCAGCGACUCAGGAGCAGCGCUGUCGUCAGGAGGCACCCACGAGCAAAUAAGAGUGCCACCUUAGGGGACAUCUCCCUGUCAACAUUCAAAAACAACGUGGUGUGGUGUAACGGCUAUCGAGAGACCUCUUCCAUGCAGGCCGCCGUUCUCCCUGAUGUUCCCAGUUCUUCAUCCAAGAAAGGAAACAAUAAGGCUAAUGCUUUUACGGUCAAAGGGUUGAGAAGGCUCCCGCCAUGUCAGAAUGGGACCAGGCCUGGCCGCUCCUAUCCCGAGUCAUCUCCUCCCAGUGGGAGAUCCAUCACCCCAGGCACCCAGCUCUCCUCCACCACUCCCUUACCUCCAUCGCACCCCUGGAAGUCCAGCUCUACAUGCUACCUGACCCCUCCAUAGUUGGCACCCACGAAGCCCCUGGUGGUCCAGCAGAGGAAAAAGAGAUGGUGCCCUCUCCAAGACGGUGAGAGGGUUGGCUUUGCAGAGAUUUUGUUGAAACAGAGGAUAAUGGUAUUACAUUAAAUGCAGUUACAUUUUCUAUGCUAAUUCGUAUCAUACAGACGUUUUGCUCCUUGUCCUAAAAGUAAUACAUAGGAAAAGUUAUAAUUGUGUUUCAUUAUGAAAUGUGUUACCUUCUAUGUACUGUGUAAUGAAUUCCCUUUACAAAAAAACAGGUGCACUGCCAACUUUAUCCAUCACCACUAGAGGGCAGCGGUGACUGUUACUAAAAUUUUGAAUCGUGAAUUAUUAUAGUAGGUAAUAAGAACUUCCACUUGUUUCCCUCCAAAUCGAAAAAAUGAGGGGUACAUGUGAAGAUGAGUAACUCAACAUUUGUUUAGAUAUGUAUAUUUCCAACGAGAGUGGAUCAAUUAUGGAACAGAAGAUUUGCAUAUAUUUAAACAGGAGAAUGGUGUGAAAACAUAACAAUCCCAGUUUACUGAUGAAUGGUGAACCUGAUUUCUAUGUUGGCAUAACAUUACUACUACACUGUAUUGGCCAUUGAAUUCACAGUUGACAAGUGUCUACUGAAUUAUAUCAGCACAUAAAUAAAAGAAGAUGGUCUACAAUAUAAGAUCGCGACAGAAUCUCAGGUUACCAAAAUUGCUCACGCUUUUCAAAUGGGCAAGCCAGAGUCAAUCGCUGACCCAGAUCAGAGCUGUGGAUCAUGGAAAAGUUAUUUGUAAUUGAUAAGUCAACUGCUCUGCUUCUGGGCACUUGGUCACCGAGCCAGGUCUCACUUGUCAUGGGCCUAAAUAUAGCCAGUGGCUGUUAACUGAUAGUACUGACAUUAUACAGUGCCUUUGGAAAGUACUCAGACCCCUUGACUUUUUCACAUUUUGUUACGUUACAGCCUUAUUCUAAAAUGGAGGGGGGAAAA